AUCGAAAAAAAACUUAUAUCUAGUUGCAACAAGUUGUCUCACUAUGAGCCAUACUCCCUUACUAGGGGAGAGACAGAGCCACGCACCACGAGGCAAAACAAAACUACAAUAGGAAGGCAAUGGAUUUGCAAAAUGUAUUGUCUAAUACUUAUACCGGUUGUGUAAAAACCUAUCAGCCGGUGCAGCUAGGUAUUCCGUUUGCUGCUGCUACGAUGCGGCUAUUGACGGAGAUGAUACGAUGAUGAUGGUGAUGAUUUGAUGACGAUCGAUCACUGGGGUAAAGGUGAACAGUCUAUACGUAAGACUCAGCUUACGAUAGCUGCUUCCGAAAACCGUGCGCGAUUCAUUUGAACACUUUUUUUUUAACACGAGAGCGAUGGAAACGCGGUAAAAAAAACGAGUGUUAACGCUGUUAACUGGCUCAGCGCUCGAUACGGAAUGACUUUUCAUACUGCCGGAAAUUGAUGGUUACACUAUCUAUAUAAAUUUGCCGAGGUUUGUCAAACUAACCAAAAUCUAUUACUAUUACUAUUACUAUUACUUAUAUUACAGAUAAUACGUCAGUAUAAUUCGAUAAUCGCUAAACAAUAAAAUGAUAAUGUGAUUAUCGGGAGUUAACGAUAACCGAUAGCUGCUAUCCAGUUUCAUUCCAACCUUAUUUCAGGAGUAUUUUAGUGUAAAAUUUAUAAAUUAUAAUCAUUCAUGAUUAAUACAGGUUGCUCUCGAAAAUGUUCCAAGUGGAUUAUCUAAAAUGUGCCCAACUCUGUACGAAGCAUUAACUUUUUACAACAGUUGACAAACGUUUUCAAUUUAUCAAUAAAUGUUACUGUCAUUUGGAAGAAAACAAUUACCCAUGUUGCAACUAACUGAUGCAUUUUUUCUGUUGAUAUUAGUUAUGCAAAGUUUCUGAAUACAUCAUAGCAAAGUCUUGUCAUUAUCGGCUGUAAUAUCCAUAUGAAGUUUUGAAUGUGAUUCUUAGAAAUGGAAAUCGAUAAUACCUGCUGUGAAGAUUAUAUGGGAUAUUUUUUUUAUUGCUUAUAUUGCUUUCCAAACAUUAUUUAUAUGUUUACUCCACACAAAGAAAACAGAAGUAACCUAGCUAGUUUCAUCGACUUUCCCUGUGCAUAUAAUUUGUUUCCCAGUACAUAUUUGGAACCAUUGUCAUUCAGGGCGAAAUGGAGGAUGUAGGGAAAGGCAUUUUACUUCUUGCUGGCCUUUUUCAUUAUCAACAACUUGAAUUAUUUUUUCCAAAAAAUGCGAAACCACUAUUCAGCCGUCGGCAGAAAUCAUGUGAGCCGAAAGUCCCUCGCGCGCAUUCGUGUUUAGUACAGUGUUUUUUUCUUUCCCUUACCUUGUUCGCCAUGUACCGGUACAACGGGUAAAUGGUAUGCAUGACAUCGGUAUUCUCACGAAUCUUAUAGUAUAUAAUUAUCUGGUACUUUAGAAUAAAAAUCACGAGCUAUCAGAGGGGAACGAUAGCACAUGGUGUCUACACCUAUGCAAUCACGUGGCCGGAAUUGGGUGGUCCUCAUGUUGGAAAAACUAUCCAGUUUUUUUGUGGGCUGGAUUUUCCCAAAAAAAAUUCCAACUAUCACGUUGCCAGAAAGCUAUGCUAAAACUAAAUGUGCUUCGAUUUUUCGAUUAGCUAUUUUUCCAGCACAUUUUUGCGGGUUUUCCCAGAUGUACUAAAAAUCGGGGGUCUUAAAGGCAAAAUCUAUUAUUAUGCCGUUGAACUCCCAUUGUGGACCGACCGGAGUCCAGCUAAUCUAUGAUUGAACCCAAUUCACCGAAAGAUUACCGAUCAGCACACAACCUCCACCUACCAGUGCGGCCGAGUACAGUAAUGCAUCCGAUACUGAAACCAAGCUGACAAGCACACCUCGUGCCCCACCGUGUUCGAUUUAAUAUGAAGUGCUAACCGAAGCUGACGAUAUUAAACCUAACUCUGCGUCCAAGCCAAGUUAUCUUCCUCGUGGAUUGACAGAGGACCAUUACGUCGAGGAUUCAGCCGACUCCGUAGAAGUCAAGCCUAAUAACAUGGCAAGUGAACCAACCGAGUGCCGUGGCAAUGAGGACUCACCUCAAGUCAUGAAUUUAAAACCUUCCGACAACCGAAGUCAAUCCGAAGCUAUUCCAAGACGACUUUCAAGCCAGAAGUCCGUCCCAGCUGGUGAAAUGCCGCAAACAAUCCUAACCUCGACUGGAACCAGAGCGGAAACCAUCUGAUGUUGAUGCCUUAUCCGAUGUCUGCUGGAAUCGUUCCGGUAUUCAAGCCAUUCUUGAUGUCCGCUGGAAUCCGUCCGGUGGUCAAACCCUUCCUGAUUUCCGCCGAAACCCUUUCGGUGGUCAAGCCAUUCCUCAUAUACACCGGAAUCCGUCCGGUGGUCAAACCCUUCCUGAUGUCUGCCGCAAUCCAGCCGAUGAUCAAGCCGUUCCUUAUGUCCGCCGGAAUCCAGCCUGCGGUCAAGCCCUUCCUGAUGUCCGCCGAAACCAAUCCGGCAGUCAAAUCGUUUCUGAUGUCCACUGGAAUCCAUCCGGUGGCCAAGCCAUUCCUGAUGUCAACGGGAAACCAUCCGGUCGUCAAGCCCUUCUUGAUAUACGCUGGAAUGCGUCCGGUGGUCAAAACCUGCCUGAUGUUCGACGAAAUCCAGGCUGUGAUCAAGCCAAUCCUGAUGACCGCCGGAACCAAAGCGGUGAUCAAGCCCUUCCUGAUGUCCACCGGAACCCGUUCGGUGGUCAAGCCGUUCGAGGUGUCCCCUUAACCCGUCUGGUGGUCACGAACUUCAUGAUAUCCACUGGAACUCGUCCGGUGUGCAAGCAGUUCCCAAUGACUGCUUGAAUUCAUUCGGUGAACAAGCCAUUUCUGACGUCCCCGGGAAACCAUCCGGUGAACAAGCCGUUGCCGAUGUCAGCAGGAGACCAUCCGGUGUUGAAGCAUUUCCCGAUUUCAGCUCGAAAUCAUCCGGUGUUGAAGCAAUUCCCGAUGCCAGGUCGAAAUCAUCAGGUGUUAAAGUUAUUCCCGAUGUCUGUCGAAACCCGGCCCGUGUUCAAGAUGUUUCCGAUGUCUACCGGAACCCGUCCAGUAUUCAUUCGAUCCCCGAAGCCAACCGAAUACUAUCUGGUGUUCAAGCGGUAUCCGAUGUCAACCGAAAACUGUCCGAUGUUCAAGCCAGUCCCAAUGUCAGCUGGAAUUCUUUCAAGGCCAAUUCUGGAGCCAAGUGCACUCGUUCCGUUACUGACGUCUGAGAAAUAACAAAUAAGACUUUGACUAUAUGUUUAGUAUUACUUCUGCCUCAAGUCAACGAUUUAAAUAAUUGAAGAUGCUAAUUUCAAAUAACAGACUAAAGUGGUAAUUUUUAUACGAUAGAUUGGAGAUGAAAGUAUAGAAUUGAUAGUUCCGUCAGAGUACAGCAGUAUGAAAAUUGCAUAUAGAGAGUAGAAAGCGAGCAAGGACAACUUUAGGAAGGUACAAAUCGGUUUGAUCGUCUCUCUUUACCAAACUCCCCCGUUGGAGAGGGAUGGUGAGGGGUAUUCCCCCCGCCACCACUGGCAAAAAGAGAUGAUCACCGACGCGCUCAAAUACCUACGAUGUGUUUGAAACAGUUCUACCGAUUUUUACCGCACUCGAUCGCAGGCGAAUGCUGAGGACGCGGAUAGGCUUCUUAAACGGCAUGAUGCUUCCUUCGACGCUGAUAGGAGAGCGGAGCACCUGGUGAUUGAACGGACAAAUGUGGGUAUACGCGCAUUUCUCCACCGAGAGGUGGAAUCCGACGGAUUUGGUCCAGCGUAGAACUGCAUUCGUGGCCGCGUUUAGUUUUCUGCGAAGGGCCUUCAUUGUGGAGCCUACCGCCACCAAGACGAUAUCGUCUGCAUACACGAAGAUGUAUAUUUCUUUGGGUAAGCUGUGGAACACUCCGUUCACCCGUAUUAGAAACAACGUGACUGCGAUCACCGAACCUUGCGGGAUGCCAGUCUCCUCUGGGAAUUCUCUUGAUCUAUGGUUUCCGAUGCAUACUUGGAAAGUACGAUGUCGGAGGAAGUUCUUCAAAAAAUGAAAAACGUGGCCCGACAGACCCCAGUCCGUGAGUUGAGCAAGAAUGUCGGGUGUCCAUGUACUGUUAUAAGCCUUAGAGAUGUCUAGCGUAGCGAGUUCAGCAUGCUGGUCAGAAUCUCUCGCGUCUCGAAGUACCUGGUUCAAAGUGGCGAAGUAGGUCCCGGUACCGUGUUCAGGAUGGAAAGGUUGCUGGCGGUGGUCAAUGUAGCCGUUACUCUCCAAGUAGAGCACGAGCCUACGGUUGACCAUUCUCUUCAGCACCUUACUGACACAACAUGUCAAAGAUAUCGGUCGGAAGUCUUUCCUCGCGACCCGAGGUGCUCUGCUUCGGGAUCGGGACGACAAGGCUGUGUCUCCAGUCUUCUGGAAUGGAAUUAUCCAGCCAUUCUCUAUUUAGAAGUCUGAGGAGUGUGGUCUUGCAUUCCGGUGAUAGGUAUUUUAGGUAUAGCUAGGUCGAGUUCCCGUGGCAUGAAAGGCCGAUUAAUCUCCAGUGGUAGUUCAUCCUCUGGGAUGUAAAUACUGUCCAAAGAGUGCAUCGAAAGGUUUUUUACACGACGAAAACGAUCAUCGUACCUGUCAAUGGCCGAGAGAGAGGCAAAAUAUUCCCCCAUGGCGUGGCCGAUCUUGUCGCGGCUUUUCCGUUUUCCACCUAAUGCGUUGACCUUACCCCACAGGUCAGUGGCUGUCUGGCCAGCAUUAAUGCUGUCCAGAAAUUGCUCCCAGCUUGAACUCUUGGCAGACCGGAUAGUUUGUCGGCACUCGUUGCGUUUUGCUCUGUAGGUGGCCAUGGCCGCUUCUAUCGAUGGAUGGUCCGAAGGUAGCCGCUUAGCAGCCCGAAGAGUCUUCUUUCUGGCUUUAACUGCUGCUUUGGUAUCUGGGGGCCACCAUGGUAGAGACUUAGAGCCUGGGUUGGGACUGGUUCGUGGAAUUGAUGAAAGUGCCGCUUGAUGGAUGGAGCUAAUGAAGUCUUGGAUAGUGCCCGGUGUUGAAUUGGACCAUGUGGCGUCAACGGACUUCUGCAACGCUGACAACGCUGACGCUUGCAAGAGAUACGUCUACAGAGAAUUCCCUCUGUCCGCUGAUGAAAGUGAUAGACCCGUCGUUAAUAACGACGAGAUCCGAGGCUUCUGCAACUUCCAUAAGUGUAGUGCCUUUGGAGUUGGUUUUCGGGCUUCCCAUGCUGGAUGAUGGCCGCUCAUAUUCCCAAGUACCAGAAUGGGUCGUUCGAGGUCUUGAAGCAGAUCGCUGA